AUGUCAACUUCAUUCUUUUUAAAAGGGAAAUCCAGGAAAUUACUUAAAAGAAAAGGAGAGAAAAUCACAAAGAAAAGACCAAAAAAACCAAAUGAUCCUAACCUAGAAAAUGGUGGCGAAUCUUCGGAUAGCGAUUUAGACCUAAAGAAAUUUUCUGAUGUAGAAGAUUCAGAAAGUGACCACGAAACAGCUGAACAGAAGAAACUGCGGAUAGCCAAAACUUACCUUGAAGAAAUAGAAAAAGAAGAAGCUAAGCGUGCGGAGCUUAAAGAAUUGGACGGUGCUAUUGACAAGCGAUUACUGAAAGACUAUUUAGAACAGAAGGGUAAACUACGAAUAGAAGUAGCUGAUAAUUAUAUCUGUCCCACUGAAGACGAUAUAAGAUUAAUCCGUGCAAAAGAACAUCGUCUUUCUCUAACGUGUGUCUGUAUCAGUAAUGAUGCCCAGUUUGCUAUCACAGGUUGCAAAAGCGGAAGUAUUAUUAAAUGGGGAAUAAAAGAAAAAAGAAAACUUGGUACACUGACAUACAAAACACAUUCCAAUUUUCUUAAAGGUAGUAUUUUAUCAGCAGCUUUAUCGUCAGACUCUAAAUUUCUAGCAACAUCAGACUCUUCGCCUGAUAUUCAAAUAUGGGAUCCUCAGACGUUAAAACAUGUUCACACAUUCAAAGGACACAAGGACUGUGUUGUAGGACUUGUUUUCAGAAAGAGCACACAUACAUUAUACUCUGCUAGCAAAGACAGAUCUGUUAAAGUUUGGUCGUUAGAUGAAAUGGCAUAUGUUGAAACACUGUUUGGACAUCAGUCUCCAAUAACAUCAAUUGACGCAUUAACUAGAGAAAGGGCAAUAAGUUCAGGGGGAAGAGAUACAACUGUACGCAUAUGGAAAAUUGUUGAGGAAUCGCAACUCAUUUUUAAUGGCCCAGAAGGCAGUCUUGACGUUGUUAAACUAUUAGAUGAGGAACAUUUUGUUUCCGGCAGUGAUAAUGGAUCACUUUGCUUAUGGAGUGCUUUAAAGAAAAAGCCCUUAUGUACUAUACCAGAAGCACAUGGUCAAGAGAAUAAUGUACCUCGAUGGAUUGUCAGUUUGGCUACACUUCUGAAUUCUGAUGUAUUUGCAUCUGGCUCUUAUGACAAUAAUGUUAGAUUGUGGAAAGUUAGUAAUUCAUAUAGAAAUAUUGUGCCUCUAUUUAGUUUAAGUAUAAGUGGUUUCAUUAACUCUAUGCAAUUUACUAGUGACGGCACUCAGUUGUAUGUCGCUGUUGGACAGGAACACAAGAUCGGCAGAUGGUUUAAAGACGGCAGUGCAAAGAAUGGUUUAGUCAUUGUUAACUUUUUAUUGAAGUCAUGA